AUGCCAGAAUUAAAGGAUAUUUACGAGCUCAUCGCCAAUGCUGAACUGAAAGUACGGGAGCACAACUUCGAAGAGUCGAUAAAUGUGUACCUAGAGACAGUGAAACUUAUAGAAGAGUUUGAGUCCAAAAACAAGGGAUUUGACCAAGUUGAAGAUGUCAAGACCGCAAUCGAAUUGCUCAAGAUCGACAUUGAAAGUAAAGUAUGGGAACUCCAACAAUUGAACUUGCGAGCAAAGACGCCAGCUGCGAAGCCCGACAAUGUGGCAGCGGUGAAAAACCCCAUGACUACAACGGAAAGUCCCCAGACGUUCGUUGAAAACGUUCUGAAUUUAGUGCGAUCAAAGACAGAAUUGAAGCCAGGAGCCUCAGUCCACGAUCUGGAGACCGGAAUAGCAGCAGAGACAACACAGUUGUUACGGGGUCUUUCGUGGGUCGACCAACAGAGAUCCAAGGAAUACGAAGCCAGAAUCGAAGAAUUGUGCACUGAAAACAAGCAACUGACAACGCAAAUCCAUAAACUGAAAGAACGCUGGGAUAGUCUUGUGGAAAGCGCACGUCAGAAAAGAAACCAGCAAAAUGACUAG